ACCUUCGUCCUUACACAUCAUUUUCCUCUUCUAAUCUUCUAUUUCUUUUGUUUCUUCUUCUCUCAUGGCUACUGCAACAUCUCCUAUCACGGGAGCUGGACUCAAGCCGGCUGGAAUGAAGUGGCCUGAGCAGAUUAAGUACGUUCAAGAACUCGCUGAGAGUGGCGUAAAGCUUUUACCACCACAAUACAUCAAAUUUGAGCAAGGCCAAGCCCUGCAUGAACCAACCGUGGUGGCGCCACCACAGAAGCUUCCUCCGGUGAUAGAUAUGUUCGACAUCAACGGAGCAAGCGGCACUGCCGAAAAGAAAGCCAUGCUAGAGAUGUUAGGCUCUGCAUGCAGGCAGUGGGGAAUAUUUCAGGUCGUAAACCAUGGGAUCCCACCCGCUUUGCUAGAUGAAGUGAAAAGGGUUUCUAGAGAAUUCUUUGAUCUUCCCAUGGAAGAGAAGCUCAAAUAUGCAAAUAACCCUGUAACAUACGAGGGCUAUGGAAACCGGACGGGAGUGCAGGAGGGCUCAACCUUGGACUGGAACGAUUAUUUUUAUCACUUCAUUCGUCCGUUCUCCGCCAUCAACGGACAGAAAUCAUGGCCUCAUCAACCGGAAGAGUACAGGACUGUUAUCAGUGAAUAUGGGGAGAAGGUGGUGGAGCUGUGUGAAGCAUUGCUGUCAAUAUUCUCUGAGGACUUGGGACUAGAGAAGAAAGAUACCUUGCUUGAGAGUCUUGGUGGGGAUGAAGAGCUGGGAGCUGGCUAUAGGGUGAACUUUUAUCCCAAGUGCCCACAGCCAGAACUUGCACUGGGUUUGUCACCACACACUGAUCCGGGAGCCAUGACGGUAUUGCUACAAGAUCAGGUCUCAGGGUUGCAACUCAAGAAGGAUGGUGUCUGGAUCCCCAUUCCUUCCCGCCAAGAUGCACUUACUGUUUUGCUUGCUGACCAACUCGAGAUACUCUCAAAUGGGAUCUACAAAAGCGUGAACCAUCGGAGUACCGUGAAUAGCAAGAAGGAAAGGAUGUCAAUAGCUAUCUUCAUACAUCCAGAGGGAAACAAGAUGAUAGGACCCCUUGAAGAGGUGGUGAAGAAGAGUGGGCGCUCUCCCUUAUACAAUGAAAUGACCUUCAAUGAAUACCGCAUUUUCAUCAGAACCUUGGGUCUCAAAGGGCAGGCCAUCCUGUCUUCUAGAGUCAUCAAUACCUGAUUCAAUGGCGAGGAUCAUAAUUAAACUGAUGAUUCACCUGCAUCCCUAUCGAAUAAAACUAGUAGAAAUGAUAAUUAGUAUGUCGUCUUUGUAAACUUGGAGAUCAAGGGCUGGCAUGAAAAUGAAUAAAACUAGUAGAUAUGAUAAUUAGUAUGUUGUCUUUGUAAACUUGGAGAUCAAGGGGUGGCUUGAAGUUAUUUUCAUCUUUUCUUCUUCUUCU